AUGGGUGAUAUUGAAUCAGGCGAGGCCGUUUCCACUGAGAAAAGGUAUAGUGUGUCCACUAUCCAGAAUCUCCACUUUUUUGACCCCUUUGCUGAUGCAAAUAAGGGUUAUGAUCUGCUUCCUGCUGGCACUGAGGAUUAUACACAUAUAAUAAUUCAACAGAGAAACAGCAGGAACACCCUCACUACUGUCCAAGGGAUCACUGAUGAUUACAAUACAAAGGAACUGGUGAAGGUGUUUAAAAAGAAAUUUGUCUGCAAUGGUACUGUAACGGAGCAUCCAGAACGUAGAGAAGUCAUUCAGCUACAGGGUGACCAGAGCAGGAACAUAUGCUAGUUCCUGAUGGAGAAACUUAAGGACCACCAGCUGAAGGUUCAUGGCUUUUAA